AUGAGAGGCACGAGUCUCUACAGCGAGAAGAGGGCUGAAGGACUGGCAGUGUGGAAACGUCUUGAAGAUGAGCGCAAGACGGAGAACAAGGACCGACGAGCACAGUACCACACUGCUUUGGAGAAGUGGAACAAGGAUAAGUUGAGGGCAAAGGCAGAGGGGCGGAAAUUCAGCGAGGCAAAACCAGUCUUGGGAAAGUUGCGUGGCCCUAUUCCAAGGCAAGCACUGAAUGUGGCAUGCGAGGAGGAUGCAGCAUCUAGCGGCGGGGAAAGCUUUGAUCUUGAUGGCAUUUCAGAUGCCAGUGAUGAAGACUAG